UUUGGGCAGAUAAUGCAGAUGCUGUCAGUAUUCCAUACUCCGGAACAGGUGCCAUGAAAACUGAUUAUACUAGAACUGGUAAGAGAACUAAGCAAGGGGCUGCCAUGGAUUUACAAACUGCUGUUACUCGUUAUGUGAUGAAUAACUUUAUGGAUGGGUCACGACAGGAUGCAUAUGAUCUAUUAUUGGGCAAUUAUGAAGUUGAGUUCGGCGUGUCACCAUUCAUUGACAAUCGGUCGUUCCAAACUAAAAUAAUUCCUCAAAUAUUAGCGGCAUGCAUUGUUUUCUUCUUAUUUUUAUACACGAUUUCAAAAUCUGAUUUUGCCUACUUAAUACGUUUCAUAAUGGUCAUCGAUUUUAUUGCUAUUACGUUCCUCAUUCGUUAUAUUGUGGUCCACGGAACUGAUUUUGUAGAUUGGCCUAGUCUUGUUCCGCCAAGUUAUCGACUUCAUCAAUGGAAUAAUACAGCACCGUACCAGAAGAUAAGAAAAACAAGACGACAUAGUGAUUCAGAACAUGGCGAGAAGAUUGAUUAA